AUGGAAACUGGCCUCAUAGCUCUGGGUGUGAGAAACCUUCUCCCCUCGCACGAUGUGACUGUCCCAUUGGCUACAUCUUAUUUUGGUACAUGGGAGAGGCUUUAUCGAGUGAUUCACGUGCCGUCAUUCUGGAAACAGUAUCACGAUAUCUGCGUUGGAAUCAGACAGCCAUCGCUCAGUUUCGAAAUCCUCACGCUCGCUAUUCUUGUCUUGGGAGAGCGAGCCAUGGUUCAAGCUUCAAUGGAGGACCUUGAGUCGACCAGAGCCCGUCUUGAACUUUUUUCAAGAUGGACGGAUUGCAUUGAGAAUUACUGUUUCUUGUUAGUCGAAAAUAAACGACUAGACUUGACGGCAAUGCAGACGUUGUGCCUGUUUACUCUGUACAAGGCGACAACUUGUGACCGAAAUGAAGCUUUGAAAUGGACUCAAAAACUUGUGAAGUGCGCCGUGCAAACAGAUCUCCACAAGGAUCCUUCUAAGUUGAACCCUAGAAUAUCUCCAUUUGAAAUUGAGAUAAGAAGACGGCUUUGGGCGACUAUCCUUGAGAUCGAUAUUCAGGUUUCCCUUGAGCAUGGGAAUUCCCCACCCUGGACAAUUAAUAUGGACCACGAUGUUCAAGAGCCGUCUAACCUGGACGAUGUUGAGUUGCACCCGCAUUUAACACUGGUCCCACCGGGGAUUUCUGUCACAAAGCGCUCGGAUUGUAGAAUUUUAAUAGUCUUGCGCCGUUGUCAAAAAUUACGAAUAGAGAUUCUCGGGAAGACAUUCAGCAAUGAGAAUGAAGAAAAGAUGAAAGAUCCAGUGUUGUUCAACCGCCUCAUGCGGCUCCUUUUAACAAAGCUUGACAGCAUGUUUACUUCACCAAACAUCUCAAGCUUGGAUCCUGAAUCAGAGCUUCUCCUACGACUACACGUUCUCCGUGCCUCUCUGAAGGUUAUUCAAGGUCUCACAUUUCGCGCUGUGAAAUUUACCCAGCUUCAAAAUACCCUCACCACUUAUUACAAAUAUGCGUUGAAUUACUUGCAACUUUAUUUGGAAUUAUCGCCAUCUACGCGCAAUGGAUCAUUGCUGUCAUCUACUCUAUUCGAGGCACUCUCUCCGGUGGUAUAUACUCAGAGUGAUGGGUUCCAGCUUUCGAGUAAGUUCUGA